AGGAAACACAGGCUGAACACAGGGAGGAAAAGGAGGAGCUACAGUAGGGAGGAAAGAGAGCAAAGAGGUAGCUCUUUUGACGCCUUGUCUGAGAAUUGGCCACCAGACUUUGCCAGGAAUUCUUGGGCUACCAUUGGCUGGUGGCAAGCGCCAGCAUCGGCGGCCGCCCCACCGCUUUGUUCUUGGUCGUAAGAGGUUCCUAUAGCGCAGCUCUUCUGCAUAGAAGCAAGCGUGGAGGGCAUAGAUUGUAGGCCGGCACGACUGGAAGGUCUAGAAUACAAGUGAAAACCCAAAGCUUGCUGGAUUUGAGAACCCUCUUCAAAGAUGAGCGUCCCCGUCAACCCGAAGCCGUUUCUGAAUGAGCACACCGGGAAGCCAGUGAUCGUCAAACUGAAGUGGGGAAUGGAGUACAAAGGGUUCCUUGUGUCGGUAGACUCUUACAUGAAUCUGCAGCUAGCAAACACCGAGGAGUUCAUCGAUGGGCAAUUUACCGGCCAACUUGGGGAGGUCCUUAUCAGGUGUAAUAACGUAUUGUACCUUCGGGGCGUUCCAGAAGAUGAAGAGAUGGAUGAAGAUAAGGAGCAAGGGGAAGCGACAUAGCGAAACCGUCUAGUUGCUUAAAUCGUAGCUCUCUCUUUCCCAAGAUUAAUCCAGUAAGGGGAGGCGACAUAUUGCAACCGUCCAGCUGCGCAAAGUCGUUCCCUUUGCUUUCGUAUGGUCGAGGCGAGCUGCCAAGCUCGAACAAGAUUUCCAAAAGCCCGAAGCUAUCUUUGCAAAUGUUUGAAGGUUGCAAGGCGCCUAAUGCUAUAGUCCCCAUUUCAACGGGAUGUUGGUACCGGGCGAGAAAGUAUAGCAGCGCGCCUAGUAUUAGGAAUUGCGGGUACGCGGUGCUUUCGUUGACAGCUGCGAGUUGAUCAGUUGACAUAUUGUAUGAUCGUCGUUACUGCCCAAUCCAUUCAAU